AAGAUAAAGCAAAACGAAGAGAAGAGUGAUGGCGAACUGGAAGGAGCUUAGUGGCGAGAAGAAUUGGGAGAGCCUGUUGAAACCUCUGAACACCAAUCUGCGAGACUAUAUAAAACUCUAUGGUAAAAGAGUUCAAGUUAUUUAUGACUCGGUUAACUCAGAAGAUAAAACACGUCCAGCUUACGCAAAGGAAGACUUAUUUUCUGAAGCUGCCAUUGAAACAGGUACAUUUGAGAAUUUAUACACUGUGACUGACUAUAUUUUUGCAAACUCAGACGUUGCUCCCUGGUUCGACUGGAUGGUGAAGGACCAGUAUGCGUGGUUUGGGUAUGUUGCUGUGGCUACAGAUGAAGGAAAGAGAGUGAUGGGAAGAAGAGACAUUUUGAUUUGCUGGAGAGGAACUGUUUCUCCGGCUGAGUGGUUCAAGAAUGCUCAAUUCGAUCAAGUGUCAGCUUCUGAGAUUUUUGAGAAGAGCCAAGAUCCACAAGUGCACAAAGGGUUUCUCUCAAUCUACACAUCGCCUAGUACUGAACCCUCCUCCAGUAAUUUGAGUGCUAGAGACCAGGUGAUGAAUGCUGUUAAGAAUCUGGUGAACAAGCCCGAGUACAGGGAAGAGGAAAUCAGUAUAACAGUAGCAGGUCACAGUCUCGGUGCAGCUCUUGCAACAUUGAACGCAACUGAUAUAGUUACCAAUCAAUACAAUAAGCGCACAGGUUCGAAGGAAGCAUGCGUGGUCACGGCCUUUGUCUUCGCCAGCCCCAAAUUGGACAUCGUUACUGAUCUUCCUCCCUCCUUUAUUUCCUACAAAAAAGUGGGCAUGAAGUUAAGAAUCAAGAGUCACAAGUCGGCAUUAUUGAAUUUUAUAGACGGGCUUCAGCUUCAUGACAUAAUACCUGAGUCGCACAGUUUGAAGGAGUAUCUCCAAGGAGUCACAGCCAGGCAAUCACAGUAG